CAACUGCCGCGAACUAUGUGUGUGAGCGCCGUGAAGCGAUGUGAAGCUAAAUUUAUGGCUUCUGGAGAGCAGCACAGCCCUUCCAAAGGGCAGAAAAUUAGUACCAGUAGUUCUAGUUCUAGGAAUGAAUCUAAUGAGACACAGUGGAAGUUGCUGCCAAAUAAUCUGGAAUUAAGUACAAGAUCUAAACCAUCUAAGAAGCAGAGAAAUAAAGAAAAAUUACGAAGCUUUCCCCCAGAAGUAUCAUCUUCAUCAUCCAAUGUAGCAGAAAAUUUUUCCUUUAAUCCUAGUACUUUUUUUAAUUGCCCAAGGGCAAAGUGCAAUACUGCUUCAUGGCUUAAAGAUCAAAUGGUAAAUGAUGAAAAAUCUAAACGAAGAGCUUUUGAAUCAGAUGAGGUCUUUUCCGACUCAGAUUUAUCUCUCCCACACCGUGUGAAUAUGAAUUUCCCUGUCACUCAGCCUUUCCAUGUUGCUGAACAGCACCAAGGCUUUCAGAGACCUCCUUCUAGAAAUGUUGUAGAAAAUGAAAAUACAAAAUCCACUAAAGAUGAAUUUAAGAAAAAUGAGGCUGACUCAGCCAUAAUUUUUGAAAGAUUGUCCCACUUGCAAGAUUUCAUGUCAGAAGCAACAACAUUAUGUGAGGAAUUGGAUGAUCCAGCUGUCAGAGAGCAGUUCAGCAAACUAAAUGAGGCUGUAAAACAUGUUGCAGAUGAAGAGAGAGAGAAGGAUGGACUUUUAUCUCAGUUGGUAUCUGAUAAUGGUUGUUAUUCUGCUACUGCUGGUGUAUCUCCAUCAUCCUCAACAUCAAAAGCAUCUAAAGGAAAAACAGCACAGAGGGUCACAAAUGGAAGUGAAUCGUAUGGUGAAGAAGAGCAUGCUAACAAAUGUAAUCACCUACUUGAAAAAAUGAAACAGUCUGAAGAGAAGUUAAUGGCCUUAAAGCUACAAGAAAGCUUACUACAUCAUAUGCGGAAAAAAGCAGAAAAAUUUUCAGGUGCUCAUGGACGUGAAUCACUUGAAACUGAGGAUUCAACUUUUGAUCCCUUGAAACAAAGCAUCCAAGAUGAGAUAGUUGUAAAUGGUGGUUCGCAUUGGAGUGCUGAUAUGAUGAGUGAACAGAGACAGCCGUUACAAAGCACUUCAUCAGAUAAAAUUGAACAAUCAUUUAGCUGGAAAGAUGAGUCUCAAGAUAUGAAACAGCUUCAUAUAAGCCUUGAACAUAUUAAAAAGCGUGUUCAGUCAAUGCAGCAAAUUUCAGAGUGUAAAAAUAUGACUGACUCUGUAAGCUCUGAUGACUGUGAUGAUGUUACUGAUGUAGGACAGAGAGUCGCUGCUGUUGAACUAGAACGUAAGAAGCUAAAGAAUAAAUUAAUUGAGCUACAGGAAAAAAAGAAAAUGAAUGAUGAACUUUUGAAAGAAUUAUGCUACUUGAAAGAUACUGUUUCUGCUAAUGCAGUAAAGAAUGGAGAGAGUUUUUUACCACAUAGUCGAAGUUCUCAGCUGCAGCAGUCUAAGGAUAAAAGAGAAAAAGUUGGUCAUGGUGGGCUUAAUGCUGACAGGAAGCUGGUGAAAUUACAAGCAACGUUGCAACAGUUAGAAGAGAUGAUGAAUGCUCUUUCUUCUGAAGCUCGUUCUCAGGAUACUAAUUUAGAAUCAGCUGAUGUUUCUUCUUCUCGGCUAGAUUCAAGGCGUGCAAGAUCCAUAACAUCUGUAAAACGUGACAAUGUAAGGAAAGAACAGAAUUCAGGAUUUCCUGCUCGUCGUCAUUAUGAAGCAGAAGGAAGAGCUAAUGAAGAUGCAGAUGUGCCUGCAGCUCAAGCUCCAGUUUUGCCUCUUGGUCUGGACAAAUUGCGCGAUCAUCCCGAAAUUCAAGACAAAAUUGAAAAAAUAAGGAAACUACAUAAAGCACAACAGCAGGUAAAAGUCAUAAAUGACAUUAUGGCUUCGAUACAAGAAGCUAAAAAAUGUGGCCACUCAAUUCCUGUAGAGUAUCUGCAUCUUUUAUCAUCCAUAGAGAUUAGAGAUGGAAAAAAUGAACUAGAUGAAUCAGAAUUAGACACAGAUAGCGAAAUUGAUGAAGCUUGUUCCAAUGUAGUUCCAGAAGGCAGCAUUUCUGAAGAUAUACGUACAAAUGCUAAAGAAAUGUGUGCUGAAAUGAGGAAGAAUGUUCAGAAUGAUAAAGAAAAUCUUGAACAUAACCCUGCUGUGUCUGCAGAUCCUGAUGAUAUGGGAAUUGUUAAUAGCCAACAGAAUCCUCUUGCCAAGCUUCAGAGCCAUUUUCAUCAACUUAUGCAAAUGUUUCCCGUGCAGGAACAAAGAAAAGAUGACCCUAUCCGUUCAAGUGGUGAAGGUGAAUACAGUCAGAAUAGAAAUUCAUCUAUUAAUAUACCAAUAGCUUCACGUUUGACAGCACCUCCUGUUAUGCGUCAGGAUAACAUACAUUUAACAAGGAAUGCAUCUAGCAGCAUGUCAGUUGCUUCAGAAUGUUUGACUUCGACACCUCCUGGUGGACUUCAAGAUAAUUUGCAGCUGACAAGACAAAAUAUUGCUAGCAUGGAAUCACAGAAUCAAAAUGCAAGUGCUAAUUUUCAUCAUAAAAGCUGUAGUUCACUCAAAAAAGAUAAUAUUAACAAUUUGUCAGGAAAGAAAGGAAAAUUUUGCCUUCAAAAAUCAAUGGCUGGUUCAUAUGUUGAGAUGAGAAGGGAACCAAAGGAUAAUUUAGAUUCAUUGUCUACAUAUAGUACAGAUGUGAGUCAGAACCGAGCCACUUCUAAUGAAAAUGAGCGUAAAACUAUUCUUGAUAUAUUGAAAAGUGAUAAAAAGAAACAGAAAAUGUAUGAUAGAAAUAAAGGAAACCAAAUUUGUAGCAAUUCAUCUAUUGAUUCUGAGCCACUGGAAGGUUCAAAUAGUGCCUUAGCUGCUGAUACUACCAUUGCAGCAACAUGGGGAGGUUCAAGUACUCAGGAAAAUUUUGAAGAUGAAAAUGAUGAGCAAGUUGAAAGUUUAGAGGAGCAAGAGGAAGAUGAAGACAGUAUGGAAGUUCCAGUUUUGGAAAAGAAGGGGAGUGUAUGUGGACGCAGGAAAGUAGCUCAGUUUCCUCAACAGUUUAUGCAACAGUCUGUUGAUUCUAUUUCUGAUAAUUCUGAUAAAACAGAAAAUUUUCAUAAAAAGGCAUUUAUUCGAGAUUCUCAUAUAUUUCAUGGCUACCCUCCUCCCCCUCCUCCAAAGACAAGACCUCGUAAAAUGGCCUCUUUCUCGGGUGGUGUUGCAGGAUCUUCUAGGGAGAUACCUAGUUCUGCUUCCUGCUCUGAUGCAAUCUCAAAAGACAACCAGCAGCAUCUGCCCUCAGGUUUUGUACAGCAGUUAAAAAGUCACAUUGAACAAUUGAGUGCAUUGUGUCAAGCGCAGUUUUUAAAUGACAAACCGCAAGUUACUAAGAGCUAUCAUCAAAAUUCAAGCCAAAGCAUUCCUAACAUGUGUCAGCCUGUUCAGGCAAUAAGUGACAUGUCUCAACCUUGUAAUCAACAGUUAUUGUUAUGCCUAAGCCAGUGUUAUCAUGCUUUGUACAUGCAACAAUUGGAAAUACAACAUCUUCAACGCUGUAUUCGACAUAGCAUGGAUUCAGAGGUAGCUCAUCAAACAAAUAAUCUGAACUCUCAUAGUGGUAGUUCUGAAGAUAUGGCAUUCCGUCCAUGGUGCAUGUCUACAUGGUCAAAUCCACUUCUGCCGUCCAACUUGUAUCUAGGCGACCAGGCUUCACCAUUAUCUCCUGCCUCUUAUCUUCAGUUACCUGUGAAGCCUCAUCCACCUCUUAAUAGCAAUGUCUCAGGGACACGGCCAGUUCGCGCUGUUAUUCAUCCUGCUAGUCAAGACAAUAGAGCUGCUCAAGAAACUUUGAAUAAUCAGGUGCCCCCUCGAACCAGAGCCAAUAAUUUUUGGGAUAAUUUUCGAAGCUACUCUAGGCAAAAUUUGUUAUCAACUACAACUAAUAUGAAAAGAAAUGAAAAUGUUGGUCUUCCUGUAGCUCCGCAAAUACGGCAAGUACGCCCAAUGGUUCCAAAUGAAAGUACUAAUCAAACAUUGGAAAUGCCUAAUUCAUAUUGUUCAACAGCUUCCUCUCAGUUAUAUAGACCUUCACAUAAUCCAGAAUUGCAAGUUAUCUUAAGUCGUUCUAAGAAGCCAAAUGCUGCUGCAAUGGGGUGUGCUGUGAGCUGUAGUGCUCCUGAUUUACAGAAGAGGGCAGUUUCAUCAAAUUUAAACACUUCUUCAGUCAGGAAUCCGAGGUCAAAUCGACACCAUAUGCAAAAUACAGAAUCUUCUUCCAAGCCUCCAGUUACUUAUGGCAAUAGUGUUAAUUUAAUUCAGCUGCAUCCCUCUCAAGAUGAUUCAAAAGUUGG